AUGGAUGAGAAAAAGCCAUCUAUUCCCUUACCAGAUGAUGUUCAAUCAAAAUUGGAUAAGAAGCUAGGACCCGAGUAUAUCUCGAAGAGAAUAGGUUUUGGUACGAGUAGAGUAGCAUAUUUGGAAGGAUGGAGGGCCAUCAACCUAGCUAACCAGAUUUUUGGCUACAAUGGUUGGUCCACUGAGGUUAAAAAUGUCGUGAUCGAUUUCUUAGACGAAAGACAAGGUAAAUAUAGCAUUGGUUGCAGUGCAAUCGUAAGAGUCAGUCUUGCUGAUGGGACCUAUAGAGAGGAUAUUGGUUAUGGUACCGUUGAAAACGAAAGAAGAAAGGCGGCUGCUUUUGAAAGGGCUAAAAAGUCCGCUGUUACAGAUGCACUAAAAAGAUCGUUAAGAGGUUUUGGUAAUGCCCUUGGAAAUUGUCUGUACGAUAAGGAUUUUUUAGCUAAAAUCGAUAAAGUGAAAUUCGACCCACCAGAUUUUGAUGAAGGUAAUCUAUUUAGACCUACCGACGAACUAAGUGAAUUGUCAAGAUCUGCCACGACAGAAGGUGAUUCCUUUCCAAAUAAAAAGAGACAAUUGACAAAGCCGGGUUCCACAAUACAAUACCCAAAAAAUACAAAGCAAGAGCGCAAUAUUCAACUACCACAGCUUCAAGUUCAAAAUCCGGCAUCGAAUUUAAAUUCUAGCGACAUGGCGGCCUUGUCAAAUAGAAGUAGCAGAACUGUAAUAACAAGGCAAGAAGCAGAUGAUUUGUUAGAUGAUUCAUUUAUGUUCAGUGAUGAUUUACAAGAUGAUGACCUUAUAAAUGUGGAUAAUAAAGACAGAAGUACCACGUUAAAAAUGAAGGAGAAUAAUGAAGGAGUAACGUUUGUUUCCGCUAAGGGUGCCACCACUUUGCAGAAUAACAAUAAAAUACCAGAAAAUAGCAUUUUUGAUCCCAAAUAUCAAGCACAAUCUAUCAAACAUACUAUAGAUCAGAGCACUUCAAAACAUGUUCCAGCUAGUAUAUUGAAAGAAAAGGGCGUUAGUACAUCAAGAACUGAUCUUUAUCAGAAAUAUGCACCAAAGGGUAAAGAACUGAAUUCAAAUACUAAUUCAAGCACAGUUGAUAGCAAUAAGAAUAAUUCUGGAAUGUCCGCACCUCCGAUUAGUGCAACGGAGUCAUCUUCCAGUAUCAAUGGCAAUGCCACAGCGCCUACUAGACCCAUUGCCGCAACAAAUAUAGCUAGUCCUACCGUAGCAAAUAAUAAUUCAAGCAAAUUUGCUCCACCUCCAAAUGGGGUUGUUCAUCCAAAUUCCCAUAUACAACCACUACCUCAAAACAAAUCAGCUAGAAGGGAGGUCGGAAGGCCUAAAGUAAACCCAUUACAACUUAGGAAGCAAAAUCCUUAA